UGCUGUACGUGUGCGCGAUGCUGGGCGUGACGGCGGGCGCGCACCGGCUGUGGGCGCACCGCUCCUAUCGCGCGCGGCUGCCGCUGCAGCUGCUGCUGGUGGCGUUCCACAGCCUCGCCUACCAGCACUCGGCGCUCCGCUUCGCGAGGGAGCACAGGGCGCACCACGCGUUCAGCGACACGGACGCGGACCCGUACAACCCGGCGCGCGGGUUCUUCUUCGCGCACGUGGGCUGGCUGCUGGUGCGGCCGCACCCGCGCGCCGUGGCCGCGGCGCGGGCCAUACACGUGGCCGACCUCCACCAGAACCCCGUGCUGGUGUUUCAGGACAAGUACAGCUUCUACCUGACGGCGUUGUUCGCGUUCGUGUUGCCGGCGCUCGCGCCGUGGUGGUGGUGGGGCGAGUGCGCGGCGACGGCGCACCACGUGUCGUGCGCGCGCGUGCUGGCGGUGUGGCACGCGUUCUUCACGACCAACAGCGUGGCGCACCGCGCCGGCCGCCGCCCCUACGACGCCCGCAUCGCGCCCGCGCAGAGCCUGCCCGUGGCGCUGGUGACGCUGGGCGAGGGCUUCCACAACUUCCACCACGUGUUCCCAUUCGACUACCGCGCGGCGGAGCGCGGCAACGGCUGGCUGAACCCGACGGCGCGGUUCGUCGAGGCGUGCGCGCGGCUGGGCUGGGCGCGCGGGCUGCGGCGCGCAACGCCCGCCGCCGUGGCGCGGAGGGCGCGCCGUACGGGCGACGGCACGGACCUGUGGGGGCGACCACGGAGCGAUCUUGUUGGUGAUUCCACUAAAUAAUUUAGAUCUUGCAUUCGGAUUUGUAAGCUUGCCACACAGAGUCAUGUCAUCUCGGAUUACAAUGUGCUUUAGUACGCUGUGGAUGUAAAUCUAAACCCGUAAUGACACAUCAGGCAGAUCAGACAAUCCAACGGAGUCGCCCCGUUUUGUAACCUAAAUAUUAGUUAGUUUUAAAGUUUACAAAAUG